UAUAAGUUCGGGACAUCCUGUAUAUAUGUACAUCUCCAUUGAAAUCAGAUAAUCGACAUAAACGGGAAUAUCCAUAAGAGGAUUCAAUCCUGUUUCGAACGCAGUGAUCGAAAGUAUCGUCAGAAGUUUAUUUUGAUUCAAUGUAAAAUUUUUACGCACUUACGCAAGCUUCACCGGUCGGACAAGGUUUUGAGAGAAAAGUGAUGUCAUAACAUGGUGUAGUGUAACGAAGCAAAUUCCUCCAACACGUGCAGCUGAUGUCACAUUAUUAUACGUAUCACAUUAAAUAACUAACAAUGCAGCGUGAUUAAUUGUUCGAUAUUUUUCAUCAGACAUCUUUCGCACAGGAACGGGAACGAGUGAUCUGCGAUAUUAUAUUUCUACGCUUUCUCGUUUCCUUUCUCUUCGCCGUAACUAUAAAAAAUCUAAUGACUUCCAAUGAUUCUAGCAACUAGAUUUUCAUUUUACAAUUCAGUUACAGUUAGUGUUACAGUAAUUAGCGAUUAAAUUGCCACGUUAUUGAAGUACAGUAUACAACUGUGUAGUUAAAUUACAGUGUACAACUGUGUCCUAAAGGAACAAAAAUGGAAUCGACCGAACAACUACGACCGGAAGAAUUAGUGGGUCUAGUAGCCCGUUCUGCGGAGGGCACAGCAGCGAAAGGAAUGCCCAUCAAAGGACACGAGGAUCUCUGGGUGGAAAUACAGGCGAACACUUUUCGAAAUUGGGUGAAUGAACACCUAAAGCACGCGGUCGAUGCCGCAAACAGUCCCGUGAUUGAUCUCGUUGAAGAUUUUCGAGAUGGUACACGACUCUGCGCUCUUGUCGAGGUACUUACUAAACGACGUCUGCCUCGAUGGAAUCCCAGGCCAGCUAAUCAGCAUCAUCAUUUAGAAAAUGUUUCAACAGCUCUUCAAGCCAUCGAGGCUGACGGUGUGAAACUCGUCAACAUCGGUAACGUAGAUAUUGUCAAUGGAAAUCUGAAAUUGAUCCUUGGUCUAAUAUGGUCGCUCAUUGUAAGGUACCAAAUAGGCAAGUCCAAGUUCCCUCCAAGGAAACUUAUGCUGGCAUGGCUCAAGGCGGUCUUGCCAGAGUGUAGAGUCAAUAACUUCACCACAGACUGGAAUUCCGGCGUAUACCUGAGUGCAUUGCUUGAUUAUUGCCAGCCAGGUCUAUUUCCUCAUUGGCGCCGGCUCGAUCCUAACGAUAGUGUGUACAAUUGCCGAAAAGCUAUGGAGAUUACAAAACGUGAAUUCGAUAUACCUAUGGUAUUGGAACCAGAGUACCUUGCAUCUCCAUAUUUGGACGAAUUAUCGGGAAUGACCUACUUGUCGUAUUUUAUGAAAGAAGGUUCGCCAGGUUUUCAUGCAACGUUACGUUGGGUUAACUCACAGUUACCUCAUCAUCCAGUACAAAACUUCACGACCGAUUGGAACGAUGGUAGAACUUUAUGUAGCAUUGUUAGAAACUUGGGUGGACCUGCUCCUGCUUACGAUAAAAUCGAUACCGAUUCUUCUAUGUGGGAACAUAAUAUACAAAUGGGUAUCGACGGAGGCAAGAAACUAGGAGUGGAGCCUAUUCUCAAGGCAAAGGAUAUGGCAGAUCAAAACGUAGAACAUUUAGGCGUUAUGGCCUAUGCAGCGUGCUUUCAAUGGGUGAAGCCUCGCCCUCAAGCAAGCAAACAAAUUGUUGUUCACAUUGAUAGCACUUCCGCUAGGGUGCAACAGCCGGUGCAUUUCAAAUUAGAGAUUCUUACCAAAGAAGUAAAUACAAGAGAAGUACGUGCUGAAGUAAUAAGUCCGAGCGGACGGAUAGAAUGUAGACUUACAUGGAAUGGAGUUCAUGGGAAAGGAACUUUUAUACCUACAGAAGUUGGAAUGCAUAAGUUAAUGGUAUAUAACGACGGAGAAUUAGUAGAUGGCUGUCCCUAUUAUUUUAGAGUUUUACCACCCUUAACCAAAAUUAAAUCAUCUGGUAUGGAUCCGUGCGCGAUAGGAUCUAUCGUUGAAGUUCUAGUCAACAGUUAUGGAACUAGUCAUGAUGGUAUUGAUGUGACUGCAUGGUCUCCCACUGGAAGAUCUCUCUCGUGCCCUGUCAAAGAAACUGAUGGAGUUCAUACUGCAACCUUUCAACCUGAUGAGACAGGAGAAUGGAGUAUCGCGAUAACUCAUAAAGGAAAUCACAUACAAGGUGGACCAUUUACGUGCUUUGUAUUUGAUCCUAAUGGAAUAAAGCUAUUGGAUACGGAAGGUGCUUUGCCAGGACAACCAUUUUCAUUUACCAUUGACGCAACAGGAACAGGAGGUCUCGGUGAUGUAAUAAUAGAUUUAGUCCAUGAUAAGCAGUCUGUUCCAUUCAGAAUGGAAAAUUUUGGACACAUGCAGUAUCGAGUUUCAUUCGUCCCAUCGGAAUCUGGAAAGUACAGAGUUUACGUAUACUUUAAUGGUUCCGACGUUCGAGGUUCUCCAUUUUCUAUCCGAGUGGGAACUCAAAAAGGAUCGAGAAGAUCAAAGGAAUCUAGUCUUGAUAGAUCCAAAUUAUCUUCAUUGGAGAGACGAAUGAAUAGUUUGAACGUUUCGGUUGGAAUCGAUCGAUCGAGUCCUGUGCAGCAAAAGGCUUACUCCUCGCCUGCAUACAAAUUAUCCAAUUCCUCUCAACAUGUACGCGAGUACUCUCCCGUGCGUCAAACUACCUCUACUUAUAAGACAUCGAAUAAUUAUUCGCUGGAAAAUUCUAGCUCGACAUAUCAAACAUCAACUUCUUUCAAUCAUACUCGACCUCCAAAUCAUAGUCACAGUCCUGUUUUACGAAAUCUUCAUAGCCCAUCUAUGAUUAAAGAUACGAAAGAAAUAUAUUCUACUACUACGUACACUCAUUCAAGAUCUCCGACUGUACAAAGUCCUAGUUUUAUGAAGGAGUCGAAAGAUGUUUAUGCAUCCAAUACAAUAAAUAGAUCUCGUUCACCAAAUCCAAGUCCGACGACACAUGGCCCAAGAUUUUCACCAAUUAUUAAAGAAUCACGAGAAAUCUACAGUUCGGGGUCACUGAAGAGAUCCCGGUCACCAAACCGAAGUCCAAUGGCAUAUAGUAGCGCAACUCAAAGUCCUAUUAGUACAAGUUUCAGUCCAAGGAACAACGACAGAGACAACGGUUACAACAGAAAAGAUUCUACAGAUAAUGGAACAAUUGACACAAGUAGCAAUGUUAGAGUAUCGUCGAUGAUAGGUGGAACGUCUAGGAGAGAUUCAUGGGACGCUAUAGAAAAAACAAAAUCAUUGCUCUCUUACGGUAGUUUAGAAUCUCUUGCUAAUCUCACCAAUAAUUCUCCUGAAAAUACGAAUGAUUCGAAUUAUUUCAAUAACAAUUACAAAAAUACUCACGGCUAUAAUUUGAAGAAUAUUUUGCAUACUCACAACAAUACCGCCAAUUUUAUGUCUACCCAGAAACUUUCAACUACGGAGUACAAUACGUCUCAAAAGUAUAACAACGAAAAUCACAAUACUCGCGCACAAACGCAUGGAAUUCUUAAAAAUAAAAACAAUAAUUAUUACAAAGAUAUUGAUACCACAGAUGGAGUCGACGAACGAUAUAUUAAUAAUGGAAUUUCUAGUUCAUCAACACAAAACAGAAAUUACGAACUUGUGAGUGGAAGUGCGCUUGAGACAUUGCCGAUUCAUAAACCGACUACCUUUACCAUAAAUCAAAAUGUAGAUCCGAGCAAAGUUACCGUUAAUAUCUCUGGUCCAAGUGGUAAAGUAAUACCAGUACAAAAAUCAACUCUUCGAGGUUUAACGUAUACUGUAACCGCCGAAGAAGUUGGAGAACAUAUCAUUCAAGUUUUAAUAAAUGGCCAACAUAUUCAGGGCUCACCUUUUAGAUCGCAGGCAUACAAUGCCCGUGCUAUUCAAGUUGGGAACAUUCCGAAUGGCGUUGUUAAUCAACCAGUAGAAUUUGAAAUUGACGGAUGUAAUGCCGGAUCUGGAAAUCUGGAGAUCCUCGUGAAUGGUGGUCACGUAACUAGUUUUGUCAGAGCAUUAGGUAGUCAACGAUUUCUGGCAUCGUUUGUACCUCACGAAGCUGUUGUACACCUCGUGGAAAUGACAUUCAACGGCGAAGUUGUCCCUGGAUCACCCUGGCGUGUGGGCAUUAUGCCAUCCCCAAAAAUGUCAGUGAUUGGGGAUUCCAUAAGAUUGGUUUCUGCUGGCAGUCCAGCAUUUUUUGAACUUUCUGCUCUUGGCUUCAAUAGUAAUGAAAUUGAUGUACAAAUUAUAACACCUUCCAAGAGACAUAUACCAGCAAAAAUUAACGAAGAAUCAGGAAGGCCAGGAGAAUUUCGCGUUGAAUUUACCCCAAUAGAAGUAGGCAGUCAUCUUGUAGAAGUAACCAUCGCUGGACAAAAGCUACCGGCAGGACCAUUGGUUGCUAAGGUGUACAACAGCAGUUUAAUUCAAGUUACUGACGUGCCCAGUGCUGUCAUAGGACAUGCCUGUCAAUUUAGAGUUGAUGCCAGUGCAGCUGGUGAAGGACAACUUGAAAUUUCUAUCAAUGAAGGAGAAGUACCCAAUCAUGUUCAAGUGGUAGGAGGAGGACGUUGUCUUGUUUCUUUCACACCAGAAAUCGCUAAAUCACAUUAUAUUGAUAUAAAAUUUAAUGGAGAAGCAGUGAAAGGAUGUCCUUUUAUUUGUAAUGUGUCUGAUACCAGUAGGGUAACGUUAAGUUUGAAUCAUCUGGAAUUAAUUCCAGUAGACCAACCUGCUAGUUUUCAUAUGGGAGUUGAUGGCAGUGGCAGUGCAGAGCUUGCAGUUUCUGUAAGAGGACCAAAUAAUGAAUUGCCUGUAAAAGUAACUGGAGAUAUAAAAAGUGGGUUUACUGCUGAAUUUAUUCCAAGAGAUGUUGGUGUCCAUUCAAUUAGUGUUGAAUACAAUGGCCAUCCUGUAAAUGGCACACCCUUUUUAGCUAAGGCAUUUAAUGCGGAUAAAGUAUUAAUUGGUCCAGUAGCUAGGGGUAGCGUUGGUCAACCUACACAUUUUACUGUUGAUGCAAGUCAAGCCGGCGAAGGGAAUCUAGAAAUUACAAUAUCAGCUCGCAGUCAAAAUAUACCUACUCAAGUCACGCCACAAGGAAAUGCUCGAUUCUCAGUUAGUUUCGUACCAUUUGAGGCGUGCGAGCAUAUAAUUAAUAUAGCUUUCAACAAACGAACAGUACCAGGCUGCCCGAUCAUAACUCGGGUAGGUGGUGAUAGUCAUGUAACUGUAAGUGGGCAGGCAUUAAGCAGUGCUGGACUUGGACGACAAAGUUAUCUUACCGUUAGUAACGUUGCCGGUAGCUUGGAAGAUUUAGAAGUUAAUGUUGAAGGACCCAAUGGACAGGCCGUACCCGCUCAAGUCACUGACAACAAAGAUACAACGUGCAGCGUAGCAUUUACGCCGCGAGUAGUUGGAGAACAUAGAAUUUCAGUAAGCCAUCGGAAUGUUCCCGUGAUUGGUAGCCCAUUUAGCUGCAAAGUGUACGAUGUGACUGCUAUCAAAGUGAAGGAUUCUAAACAUGGUGUUAUUGGAAUGCCUGUAACUUUCUUAGUUGAAACUAGUCAGGCGGGGCCCGGAAACCUAGAAGUGACAGUAAACGGUGGUCGCGUACCUACAUCUGCUCAAGCUCAGGGUCCUCAUACGUACGCAAUAUCGUUUACACCUCGGGAGCCAAUUGUACAUACUGUGGAUUUGAGGUUUAACGGAGAGGAUGUACCUGGCAGUCCUUUUAGUUGCCAGGUGAGCGACACAGCGAAAGUAAUAAUAACUGAAGGACUUGAAAAAGUGUCUGUGAAUCGCUUGACAACAUUUACAAUAGAAGCGGAUACCUCAUUAGGAACUCCUACUGUGGAAGUUCUUUCACCAACUAGAGAAAGUUUACCAAUUCAUGUCAAGCAAAGUGGCCAUGGAUGUUAUACUGCAGGAUUUACACCUAAAGAUGUUGGUGAUCAUAGCGUUGAAGUAAAAAUAAGCGGAUUGCACGUAGAAGGUAGUCCAUUUUUAGUAAAAGCUUACAAUGCUGAUAAAGUAAAAGUAACAGACAUAAAUAGUGGUAUCGUUGGUAAACCAGUCUUCUUUAGCAUCAAUGCUAGUCAAGCAGGUGCUGGUAAUCUCGAAAUCAUUGUUGCUGUAAAUGGUAAAAAUGUACCGAAUUACGUACAAAGCGAAGGAAAUGCGAAGUUCAGAGUUAAUUUCAAACCGCAAGAAGCUGCUGUACAUAGUCUUAGUGUUCGCUUUAAUGGAGAACCUGUUCCAGGUUCACCAUUCAGCUGUAAAGUAGUUGGUGCAGGUCAAGCUGUAAUUACAGGUCACAAUUUAAAAAUGGGAGCCGUAAAGCAAUUAAUGUCCUUUAUCGUAGAUCCACAAGCUCCUUCAGCAAAUUGUGACGUAAUUGUAACACCUCCAUCGAACAUAUCACUUCCCAUUACGAUAGAACCUGUAGAUGGAAAAUAUAAUAUCAGUUUUAUGCCUACGGAAGUGGGUAGACAUAAUAUCAGCAUAUUAGUGGACAGUGAACAUGUGAAAGGCUCUCCAUUUGCUUGCAAUAUUUAUGACGUUACAAAGGUACACGUAUCAGGUCUCUCAGAAGCGUUAUUAGGUCAAGCAACAACAUUUACUGUUGAUGCAGCAGAAGCUGGUGAGGGUACAUUGGAAUUGGUAGUGAGCACGGAAAAUAAUACAGUUAAGGCUGAAGUAGUUGCCUGUGCUCGUGGAUUAUACGAUGUGACAUUUGUUCCACAGACUACUAGUACUCAUUAUGUUAAUAUUAGUUUCAAUGAUGACAAUGUACCAGGAAGUCCAUUCAAAUGUCCAGUGAUUAGUACAAUGUUAGAUGGACCGUCUAUGAUUCGUGUUGGGAAUACAGCAUACAUGGACUUAGAAAUGCCAGGAUUAGAGGGGCCUGUAUCUGCAGAGGUUACAGGCCCUGAUGGUAUAAUUAUUCCAUGUACAUUGACAAAAUUAUCAUCCAAUUUGUAUCGAGUCGAAAUUCGAACGCGACAAGUCGGUACUUAUAGUGUAAUAUUCAGUGACGGUCAUAAGAUCAUCAGUUCUCAGACACUUCAAGCUUUCGAUCCUGGAAAAGUGAUAAUUAAAGAAGUAUCAGAUGUAGUUUGUCAUCGACCAGGAACCAUUACAGUUAUCGCAUCAAAAGAAGCCGGACCAGGAAAAUUGACCGUAAAUGUACGCGCCGCUGGAGCUGAUGUUGAUAGCGUAGUCAGAGAAGGAGAAAAUGGCCAAUAUGACAUAAUGUUUCAUCCUACACGAGCAGCUCCUCAUAAAAUCCACAUAAAAUAUAAUGAAAUCCAUAUAUUAGGAAGCCCAUUAGAUGUGACAGUUCGCAGUCCUACUGGAGGAAGAGAAGUAACUGCGACAGGAUUAGGAUUGUACCAAUCAUGCGUUGGAAAAGUGACCUCAUUUACUAUCGAAACUUUAGGAAGCUCUGGAAAAGAGUUUGAUGUAGUGAUCAGUGGACCACAAGGUAAUGCAGUUCCAGUUCGGUGUUAUCAACAUAGAGAUGGAAAUUUACUUGCUGAGUUCACCACAAAUACCGUAGGGACGUAUAAAAUUGAUGUCUUACAAGGUACAAAACCAGUUCUGGGUUCACCUUUCUUCUGUCAAGCUUUCGAUGUUUCCAAAAUAAAAUUGCAAGAGCUAGGGCCAAUGACAGUAUCUAUACACGAUCAUAUUGCCUUUAAAAUAAUAAAAACAGACGCUGGAAUGGCAGAUCUGGAUGUAGUAGCAACAAGUCCAUUAGGUCAAGAGCUUCCGCUACAAGUUACUCCACUUAACGACGGUGCUGAGAUGGUUGAAUUUUCUCCCAGUGUACCUGGUACAUAUAUGAUUAACAUCACAUAUGGUGGAUGUUCUGUACCAGAUAGUCCAUUAAUAUGUACAGUUGAUGCAGCCGGACAAGCCCGUGCAAAAGGAGAAGGUUUAUUAGGCGGACACGUAGAUAAACCAGCACAUUUUAUUGUUACUGGUACUAGAAGUCCUCCGGCAGUUCAGGUAGAUGGUCCGGAUAGCGUUUCAAAAGCAAUUAUCGAAGCGGGGGCUAAUCCAGGUACUUGGAAUGUGUCUUAUGUUCCAACCGAAGUUGGAGUAUUCGACAUUCGAGUCGUUUCUGCAAGUCAACAACUUCCAGGAUCUCCUUGGCAUCCAAAAAUUAUAGAUACGCGAAAUCUUCGUGUAAUCGGCGGUUGGUCAGCUGUAUGUGAUGAUGUUGGACGAUUAAAGUUACAUCCAUCAAAUAAAAUUAGUUUCGACACUGCGGAAGCUGGACCUGGCGAACUUACUGGAAAAAUAGGGGACCAUCCAUUAUCAUUUGAAAUGACUUCAAAUAAUAGACUAAAACUCAUUCAGCCAGAAUUAAAUAGUGGAGAACAUCGUUUGGAAAUAUUAUUUAACGGAACACCAUUUCCAGGCGCUCCAAAAUUAGCAAUUGUUCAAGAUUUAGAGCCACCUGUACAAGACACAAGUCGAGUUUUGCUAAGAGGAAGAGGAUUAACAUCAGCAAAGUGUGGAGAAGAAGUCAGUUUCACAAUAGAUGGCUCCCAAGCUGGCACAGGUACACCAAAAGUUCAAUUGUUUUCGCCAACUAGCGAACUCAGUGUAAUGUUGCAACAUUUAGGAGAUAGCGUUUAUCGAGCAAGUUAUAUACCAUUAACUCCUGAUCCUCUUUUGAUGACUGUCUCUUGGAAUGGGAGACAGUUGAAAGGAUGUCCUUUGCAAAUAAAUGUAACGAGCGCAGCUGAUGCAUCUCGAGUCAUUUGUUCUGGAGAUGGAUUGAAACAUGGUAUAGUCGGUCAGGAAAUAAGAAGUUUUAUUGAUACAAGACGUGCUGGCCCUGGUGAAUUAACGGCGCAUUGUGUUGGCCCACAUAAAGUUGCUUAUUGCGAAUUGUAUGAUCACGGUGAUGCAACAUUUACAUUGAACGUAAAACCUCAAGAAGCUGGACGUCAUGCGUUAACCAUUAAAUAUGCUGGAGAACAUGUUCCUGGCUCUCCAUUUACAUUACGCGUUUCUGGUGCUCCAGAUGCUUCAAAGGUUCGAGUUUACGGUCCAGGAAUAGAACACGGUGUAUUAGCAACGUUUCAGUCUCGUUUUAUUUGCGACACUCGUGGAGCAGGCGCUGGUCAGUUAACCGUGAGAGUCCGUGGCCCUAAAGGAGCAUUUAGAGUAGAAAUGCAGAGAGAAACUCAAAAGGAUCGUAUAAUACUAUGCCGAUAUGAUCCAACGGAACCAGGUGAUUACAGAGUUGAAGUUCGUUGGGCAGGCGUCCUUGUACCUGGUUCUCCAUUUCCUGUUAAAAUCGUUGAUACACAAGAUGAAUUAUUGAUGUUGACACAGAAUGGAGAUAAUUAUUCAACGGGACAUCAUACUAUCGCUUCAUGGCGUGGAUCACAAGCUAUAUUAUAAGUAUAUUACGCAUAAUGUUGUUAUUAUUUUAUAUGAACUAAUAAUAUAUUUUCAUAAUAUAUAAUGAUUUUGUAACUUAUCUAAAAUCAGCAGUAAAACAUAUUUUAUUAACUUUUUUAUUAUAA